UUAUUAUUUCCGUCAAUAAUCUGAACGUCAAAAAUGGCUUACUGGUUUCAUCGAAAUCCACUUAAAGCAACUGCACCUGUAAAUUAUGAGCUGCAUGGUGUAUCUACUAAUGACUCUACUAGAAAAAUAUUCAGUGAUCUAAGAAUCUCAAGAGCAAAGUUAUUGGACUUGCUAACAGACCCAGGCAACUCCAAAGAUGUGGUGGACAAGGCAGCUGCUGAGUAUUUAGGUUUGCUGCAGGGUCUGUGUAUCCCGAUGGAUCCAAGUCAGCCAGAGAACAAGCUGCGCAAGCUCAUCAAAUACAAGUGGUCAAAUACUUUACUAGGAAAUGUUCCAGUGGAAUGUUCAGACACUGGUUUUGAGUAUUUCUCAAUGUUGUUUAAUGUUGGCCUCUGGUUGACUAAACAUGCCGCCAAGCUUGCUGCUAAAGAGACGCCAGAUAUGGAGGAAGCCAAAGAAAUUCACAAGUGUUUAAAGACAGCUGCUGGAGUGUUUAAAUUUUGUAAGGAUGAUUUGAGACCAAAGCUACUUGAUCCACCAUCAGAGGGAGCCCAUGAUACAGACGGACGUGUACUGGAUGCCUACAUUCAUCAGUGUACUGCCGAGGCACAAGAGAUUACUUUAGCCAGAGCUAUUGAGUUAAAACAUGCAGUUACUUUGAUAUCUUCAUUGGCUUUUGAAACUGCAGAACUCUAUCAGAAGGGAGAUGAUGCCCUGGCUAGCUUAGAUCAGAAAGAUGUUGCUAAGUGGAGGAAAUAUUUUCAACUCAAGAACAAAUUUUAUACAGCUUGUGCCCACAGUUACAACGGAGAAAAUUUAUUGAAUCAAGAUAAAUGUGGCGAGGCCACUAGGGGACUAAGAGAGAGCUUGGACUUGUAUGGGAAGGCAGAAGUAUUAUGUAAAGAAUAUGCUACAGUGAAGGGGGUUGGUACUACAGCCAGGCCACAGAACCAUUUAUUCUUUAGAAACUUAGAAAAAGUUUUAAAGCGGACGUUAGAAAAGUGUGAGAGGGAGAAUGGACUCAUAUACCACCAGAAAGUGGCAGUUGAUGCACCAGUUCUAGAGAAGCGGGACACAUUUGGGCUGGUCAAGCCUGAGGAGUACACCCCCCCAGCCCUCGACCCACUGUGGUCACAGGAUGUCUACAAUAAAUUCAGUGUACCAGCUGGUCAGCAGAAGUCAGCACAGCCGGAGAAGCCCAAAGGAAAGGACGACCAGACCCCACCACUAGCACCAGUCAAAGAGAAAGAAGUCCCGAUGUCAGACAAAGACCCAAAGAAUUCUAGUGGCUGUGUUGUUUCCUAACUCUAGAUCAAGGGGGGGUUGGCCGUGUACUUUCAUUUCCUGAUGUAUUUAUACUUAACAUAUUGCUGUCACAUGUCUAAAUGACUCAAUAGAGUUUGCAUGUCAGUCUAUGUGUAAUUGAUUUUUGCUAUGAGUAAGUUUGUAUGAUUCAAUGCUACUAUCUGGAUGUUGAAAAUGUGUAUCUGUGUAAAAUAAACAAUAAUUGAACUACUAUCUGGAUGUUGAAACUGUGUAUCUGUGUAAAAUAAACAAUAAUUGUGCUACUAUCUGGAUGUUGAUUUCAUCGUUAGAGCUGAUAAAAUAAAACAUUGUUUUAACGACUUUGUGAUAAUUAAUGUUACGAUGUAGUUCUGUGAUCUUUUAAUUUAGUGAAUGGAAUUUUAAACACUUUUUUUAUGUUUUUAUUUACAAUUUUAAUAUGUACCACAUCAUCAUUCAUUUUAGCAUUUUCUAAGAAAAAGCAAUCUUCAAAAAUCUUCCUAUAUAUUCUAUUGAAAGACCAGUGCUGAACUACUUGUUUUAUUUACAUAUUGGCUGCCAUUUUAGCAGUUAACAUUAACUUUGCAUUUGCCACAGUUAACAGUCACUGAUUGUGUAUCUAAUGACAACACAAAUUCUGUUUAUGUUUGAAGUAUUUGGUUUCAUGAGUCAGAUCGUAAAUUAUCAUUCAGCAGAUUAAUCUUGACUAAAACAACCCAGUGGUUAAUGUUAGCCCAAAAAUAUUCUUGUAAUCUAGGUAAUGUAAGCUUUCUAAACUAAUUAAGGUUAUCUGAACCUCACCCUCCCAUGCCAUUAGUGGUUUAAAAUAAACAAGAUUUGUUAUAGCGGCAAAAGUGUUUUUAAAAAACCUAAACAUGUUCAUGUCAUUUUGUUACACAUUGUCAUACUUAAUUUUUGUUUUCUAAGGGCUGGAUUAAAAAUUAUUUCUAUGUCUAUGUAUGUCAUAAACAAAUUUACCUACACUCUCUGUAGAAUUGACUUUUUGCCAGCAGAUUUCUAAUAGUACCAAAUGUUUCCAUUGUGAAAAAUUCAUUUUUGUUGCACCCAGGGAAUGAUAGAAUUUGUAUUUCUUUAAGCUUGCUAACUGUACAGCUGCUUGUUUUGUUUAGUAUUUAUUUCUCUCAUGUCAAUAAAAAUUCACUUUUAUCCCUAC